AUGGCGAACAAGCUGAAAAUUUUGAAUCUAUCCUCGUGUCUUGCACUGACAAGACUUCCCAAGGUACCAGAAUCUGGAAGUCUAGAGGUGUUAGAUCUAAGUUUGUUCAAUGGGGACCAGUCUACGUGGGAAGAUGAGCUGGAUAUUGGCAAGCUGAAGAACCUAAAGGUACUUAAUAUCAGUCUAUGCCCGAAAUUAGAGACGGUGGUGUCUUGGCUCCCGAAUAUGGAGAAGUUGGGUAGUUUGGAGAUCACGGACAUGCCUGGUUUGAGGGAGGUUGAGGGCCUUGCAAAUUUGAAGUCUUUGCAAAGACUGGAUUUGAGAGGAUGCACAUCACUGGAAAGGUUACCUCCUUUGGAGCAGCUCACGGAGUUGGGUAUGGUAAAUGUUGAAGGAUGCACCAACUUGGCUGAUCGUUCUGCUAUCAUCGGUAAGUUACCAGCUGGAGCGAUGAUAUAUCAGUAG